AUGGGCUCCGUCCCUUCUCCGACGCGUCCUCGGUCGCGAGCUCGCCGGGCGCCGGCGGCACCCUCUCAGCCGCCGCCGUCCGACCACCGCAUCUACGCCUCCUUCUGCAACGACACAACUUCCAACUGGAUCGAGUGUUACGACCCAUCAAGCAACGGGUUUACCCACAUGGGCCCGAUACCCGGGCUGGGCCCAAACUGCGUCCUAAAGGACUUUGCCAUGGUCUCGUUGGGAGACUCGAUCUACAUCAUUGGCGGACGCGUGGUCCGCAAGGAGAGGUCCAUGGUCCACCACGUGGUGGAGGACGGGACGGAUGAUGAGUUUAUCGAGGCGAACCUCGAGAUCCGGUCGUGCGUCCUGAGGUACGACGUGGGGCGCGACCGGUGGGCCCGGUGCGGGCCGUUGUCCCAGCCGCGCUGUUGCUUCGCGUGCUGCGUGUGCGAUGGUAGGAUCUACGUGGCUGGAGGCAGGUUCGACGUGGCAGGCACGCAUGGAGUGGCGUCCGGUGAGGUGUACGAUCCUGCGCGCGACGAGUGGAGCCCGUUGCCUGACAUGAGUGUCAUGAGGUACAAGUGUGUCGGGGUGACGUGGCAGGGGAAGAUCUAUGUGAUUGGAGGGUUCGCGUCUCGAGGAGAUCACAAUUCGGGGAAGGGGAUAGAAUCGUUCAUCGUGGAGCGGAGCUCGGCUGAGGUGUACGACACGAGGACGGGCAAGUGGCACGUGGUGGUGGGGAUGUGGCAACUGGACGUGCCACCUAACCAGAUCGUUGCAGCCAACGAAACGUUGUUCAGCUCCGGCGACUGCUUGAAACCGUGGAAGGGACAUAUCGAGUCGUACGAUGGAGACAUGAACAUGUGGAACGUUGUGGAUAAAUCGCACCUGCAAACUUGCAGUUCUCUUGUCCAGCGGUUGUACCUGACCAUGGCGCCAAUUGGGUCCCGACUCUAUUUUAUGGGUGGGUUUCAGAUGCUCGAGGAGCUGCCACGUACGAUGUCCAGAGUGUGCGUGUUCGACACGUCAGCCACGAGCCGUGAAUGGACGAACAUGGAGCCCAUUGAGGAGGAAGGGAAAAAAGAGCUAUGUAGUCACUGUUGUGUGGUUCGAAUUUCUUAA